AUGGCAGCUGCAGAAACGGAGUACUACUGUCAUAAAUGUCGAGUACAUAUUGGACAUGUUACAGACUUUCAAUGCCCACAUUGUCACGAUAGUUUUAUCGAAGAACUUCUUCCAGAUCAAUCGUCAUCACAAUCCAGACAGAGUGGUCAAUCGCGUAGUGGCGAACGAACACUAUUCCAUAAUUCUACUCCGUUUGGUAAUACAACGAUCUUUAUUGGCGGUAGUCAUCCCGGAAAUAGUCAUGUACAUCGUUAUGAAAACCAAGAUAUGGGAAUGUUUUUUCAAAAUGUGCUUCAGCAAAUCGGCGGUGUACUUGUCAGUAAUGGUGAACAUCAAUCUCCAUUUGCUAUGCACAGUGUCAGUGGACCAGGAAUGGGUGAAUCACUCAAUAUCGAAGCAUUUCUCACUCAGUUUCUAAAUCAGUUGGGCGAAAACAGUGGACCAGCGCCAGCAUCUGAAAAUCGUAUUAACACGAUUCCAACAGUGAAAGUCACAGCCGAACAAGCGCGUGAAAGUUUACAGUGUGCUAUUUGUAUGGAUGAUUUCAAUGAGAAUGAUGAGGCGAAACGACUUCCCUGUUCACAUCAUUUUCAUGAAGCAUGUAUAUCACGAUGGUUACGAAUGCAUGGAACAUGUCCAACGUGUCGUGUAACAUUGGACGGUGAUAAUACCACUAAUCGUGAAUAUUACAAUAUUUUCCCAGAACAAAAUCAAUCCUCAACAAAUAAUAAUCGACGAAAUGAUGGAAAUAAUGAUGGAUCAAGCUCAGGUGCAGGAGCAAUGUUUAUGGAUUUCGAUUAA